AGCUUUGUAAUCAACCAUCCAAUUUGUCAAUUCGUCUGCUAAGCUCCGUGAUCGCGUCAAUCGUGCUCCUCAAGUGGGGCAGUUCUAGGUUAACCACUUCGUUCCAUCUGUCACGUCACGCACCGAAGACAUACAUAGUGGUGUCAUUUCUGUGUUUGACUGACUGCCACUUGCUCAUCCGUUUGCUCACCAGAUCCCCCUUACGGAAGAGCAGCAGCCGUGAGACAACAGCGUACAAAAAGAUUACCCACCAAAAAAAAAACCCUCUGAUCAAAAGUAUAACUUUUCAUAUUGCUUUCAGCAUAGAUACUUAUACGGGAUUCUUCAGACAAGAUGUCAUCCUACCCUCCUGAACUAAGCGCCUCAGAAGGCGAGAGACUCACUGAAGUGGUGAAAGAUUGGUCUAUCGCACAUGGACUUACUGUUCGCCCACCUCCCAAUCUUGUUAAAGCAGAGGCAGAUCCUAGCAAUAUCUUGGCUACAGCUGUCCCUGUCACGCUCUUUCCAAGUCCCUUCCCAAAACUCUGCUUCGACCAAGGACUCCACGUUCAAAAAGCCUACAAUGAGUUAUAUGCUUCGAUCAGCAAGGAUGAGGACUUUCUUGCGCAGAUCGUGAAAGAAAUCGGCGACAGUGAUGACUUCACUCAAGCUCUCUGGAAAGUACACUUGAAAGUCAAGGAGGAGGGUUAUGUCCAGCCUUUGUCACUCGGCUUGUUUAGAUCCGACUACAUGGUGCACCAGGAGCGUCCCGAUUCAACGCCUCAGAUCAAACAGGUGGAAUUCAACACCAUCGCUUCAUCGUUUGGCGGUCUUGCGGCCCAGACUUCGCUCUUGCACCGUUAUCUCUCAGUGCAUGAGUAUAACCUGCUCUCCAGCCCAGUCACUAAAGGCUUUACUACCCUUCCGGACAACCACAGCACAAAAGGGUUAGCCCAUGGCAUUACGCAAGCAUACAGAGCUUAUGGGGCGGCCGUAACAGGAAACCAGAAGUGUGUAAUUUUCUUGACUCAAGAUGGCGAGCGUAACAUCUUCGAUCAGAAGCAUCUCGAAUACCAGGUCUCGGGCCCACCCCAGAGCAUCCUCGUCUUCCGACUUCCCUUCUCGCAAGUCCUGAAGCACACCAAGCUCGCGGAAGGCAAGGGCCGACAACUCCUCUACACCUCACCUCAGCUACCCCAUCUGACCUUCGAAGUCGCUGUGAUUUACAUGCGCUGUGGCUAUGGCCCGUCCGAUUACCCUGACCAAAGCGCAUGGGAUGCCCGCUACCACCUUGAGCGCUCCGCUGCCAUCAAGUGCCCCACCGUGCUCACACAAGUCGCUGGAACCAAGAAAGUGCAACAAGUCCUCGCAACGCCCAACACCGACGACUCCUCCAAGUCGUCUAUCCUCCACCGCUUUCUCUCGCCGGCUACCCACACGGCGCUCAAGGACCUCGAAGCCACGUUCACCAAUAUCUAUCCACUCGACACAUCACCGGCAGGCAAGGAGGCCCGCAAGCUCGCGCUCGACGCGGAGGAGUGCAAGAAGUACGUCCUCAAGCCGCAGCGCGAGGGCGGCGGGAACAACGUCUACCGGACGGCGAUUCCGGGAUUUCUCAAGUCGAAGCCGGAAGACCACUGGGGUGCGUAUAUCCUUAUGGAGCUGAUCACACCACCACCGGUCAAGAACACCAUCCUACGUAACGGCAAGUUAGAGACGGGUGGCGUUAUCUGUGAAUUAGGUAUCUACGGCACAUGCAUUUGGGACCAGCGGGAGAAGAGUUCGGAAGGCCGCGGCAUUCAACUGAACGAGCAGGCAGGCUAUCUGCUCAGGACAAAAGGAGACCAAAGCGAAGAAGGUGGUGUAGCCGCUGGGUUUGGCUGCAUGGACAGUGUCGCAUUGAUCACAGGCAGCGGUGGGAAGGAUACAAACGCCAACAAGAGUGUGGGCACUAGUUAGGACCAGGCAUAGGACGGGAAUAAAUAACGUCCAGCAGUUAGACAAUCAUAGUUGCCCAGACACUACCUUCAGAUAGCACGAUGCGUUUGGACAACAUAGCACUCAGCUGAACAACUCUGUCAAUGUUAACUACACUGACUACCCUGUUG